AGGGCUAUUUGCCCUCUCAUUACGAAAGGGUUCAAAUGCUUCUGUCAGACAGAUUCCUCGGCUUCUAUAUGGUGCCCGCACAGGGAUCUUGGAAUUACAACUUCAUGGGUGCGACACGACUCCACAAUGAAAUACGAGCUCCAGUUGUCAAAUCCCAAGGAGUUUUACCACGAGAACCACCGAAUCGCCCACUUCUCCAACUUCAGCACAAUCGAGGACUCUGAAUACGCCGGCGCUGACAGGGAAGACCACUUCUCGUAAUACUAUUAUUCACUUUAAUAAUUGUCUUAUAAUUUGUCACGCGAAUUGUAUUUUAAUUUUUUUCAAUCAUUUUGUUUUUGAUUCAAUAAAUUAUUUUCGAAAAAUUAAUCUCAAAAA